AUGGAAAACUCAAAGCUAAAGCGUAAUAUAAAACCGUUUAAUGGCGAGAAGUAUAGUGUCUGGAAAUUUAGAAUACGCGCGCUUUUGAGCGAAAUAGAUGUUAUAAGUGUAAUUGAUGAGGAAGUACCCGCAACGCGGAGUCAAGAGUGGACCACAAAGAAUUGUAUUGCUAAAAGUACUAUCGUUGAGUAUUUAGAAGAUUCUUAUCUUGGUUUUGCUAAGGAAGAAAUAACGGCUAAAUAUAUUUUUAAAAAUUUAGAUGCCCUUUACGAACGAAAAAGUCUCGCGACACAGUUGGCUUUGAGAAAACAGUUAUUGUCUCUGAAAUUACACGGUGAUACACCACUAAUAAAACAUUUUACUAUUUUUGAAGAUUUGAUUAUGGAAUUAUUGGCUGCCGGAGCCAAGUUAGAAGAAACUGAUAAAGUGUCUCAUUUAUUACUUACACUUCCGGCGACAUAUGACGGUGUCAUAACUGCGAUUGAAACAUUGUCAGAAGAUAAUUUAACACUGGGAUUCGUAAAAACAAGACUCUUGGAUCAUGAAGUUAAACUAAAAACAGAAAGUCGUGAUACGAUUGCUAAAGUUGGCGAAUUGAUUACAGCUACAAAAAGAGGAACAAUAAAAGUUACCAGUGACAUGGGUAUUGAUGGAAUUUUGGAGGAUGUAUUAUUCUGCCCUGAGGUUCCAUAUAACUUACUGUCCGUUUCCAAGAUACAAAGAGCUGGAUUGACAAUUAUUUUCGAUCAAGAUGGAGCUCAUAUAUUCAAGGAUGGUAACACAUUAAUUAAUGGUAAACAGUUAGCCGAUGUGCUCACAAAACCGCUACCUUCAAUAGCAUUUAAAACACAUAGAGCCAAAAUGGGCUGUAAUGUAACAUGGUUUGAUUAG